UAGAUAGAUAGAUAGAUAGAUAGAUAGAUAGAUAGAUAGAUAGAUAGAUAGAUAGAUAGAUAGAUAGAAGCUGCAGACUAUGAACUCUGGUUGUAAAAAUUUGUGUAUAUCUAGAAAAGUGAAGUUGUUAAGGGAAACAAUAACCUCUAUUACAAUGACACAGUUUGGGCUGGAAAACACACAGGUGACGCUUCAAUAAAUGUUCCCUCCCUUCAGAAGGAGUGUCUGUUUGUUCCUUUGGUUUUUACAUAGGUCAUGUUAAGUUGGUCCAACUGCAUCAACAAGGAAUCUUCUAUUUAAUUGCCAUCAUGUAUGGUGGUUGGAAGGUAGGGUAUGAUGACACUGAACAUAUGGACACUUCUGGAUAUUCCUGGCACUAUGAAGCGGAGUGUGGCAUUUGGCACAGAACUGAGGAUGAUCCAAUAAACCCAAUCAGCAGCUCAGAUUUGGAAAGGCUUUACUUUAACAACCCAUAUGGAAAUAUUAAUAUCAGCACAGCAGGAAGCAACUUCAGAAUUGAUUUUAUUGAGAGACUGAAGAUCAACCUAAGGACAGGGCAGAAGCAAAAACUAAAGCGGUCUAUAUUCACUGAGCGUAUGAUCAGAUGCAAAUGUGCAGACAAGCCUCCAUCUGUACCUGCGCACUGGGAGGAAAUGGAUCCUAAAGUACCUUAUCAGGCUUUUACUGUGAACAGGCAAUCAAGUGAGUUUGAGGAAGUGGAGAGAUACGUGCGAGACAUUGGCCUACUCAAGGAACCCCUGAAGUUUAUCUACAGAAUACAGAAUGUUGACCUCUGGGAGCUGUAUUGCAAGAAAAAAUCCCAGCUGAUGAAGAUAAAAGGUCAGUCAGACAUUGAAGAACGAAUGCUCUUCCACGGCACAAGCAAAAACAAUUUGCAUAAUAUUUGCUUGUACAAUUUUGACUUCAGGCUGUCUAACUCAAAACGGAAUGGUCACACUUGGGGAAAAGGUACAUACUUUGCCGUACAUGCAGCCUAUGCAGACUGCUACAGUAAAGCUCAUAGCCAACAAGGUGACAACACACGUAUCAUGUUCCUCGCACGUGUGAUUGUUGGGAAGUCCACACUUGGAAGUCCGGAUUUCUACAGACCUGAUGGUGAUCAAAAUGAAAAUAUACAUGACAGCUGCGUUGACAAUACAUUAUAUCCUAGGAUUUUUGUUGUCUUUGAUUCUAACCAGAUAUAUCCUGAGUAUGUGCUGGAGUAUGGAGGGUAAUAGGGUGAGAAAAUGAUUGUGGAAGACAGAGACAUUAUUGGUCUGUUGAUUUUGGGCUAUAGAAGGUAGGAACAAAUUUUUGUCAUUUAGCUUUAUUUAGCUUCUGUUAAAGUUUAAUAGAAUACAUAAUAGUGUUGGAGACACUAAUAAUACAUAAGUGAAUAUUGUAGACUUAAAGACAAUUUUUAUGGCAUAGUUACUAUACAUUUCUUACUCACAAAGAUCUAGAUAAGAAGCUAUCAUGACUGAAUAGCA